UUAUAUAUCACACACUUUACUCAUCUCUCUCUCUCUCUCUCCCUCUCCUUCUCAUCCUUUUCUCUCUAUCCCUCGCCGGAAUCCGGUAACAUGCUCGGCGCCAAAAUUUUCCGGCCUCAUUUUCCGGCCAACUAAACCAUAAGAUCCGAUGCCGAUUCUGCGCACUUUCCGGUAGUCCUUAUUGGAUUGAUGGAAUUUGGCGGAGAAAAUUUUGUCCAAGUUAAUCGAUCGUCAGGUGAUAUAACCAGAAUUCUGAACCGUAUCAGCCAAUUUUCCUAUUUAUUGUCAAAUUGAUUGGGUGAUGGCCAUGAGAUUUGUCUGAUCGAUAUAGAAAUUGAGCGUAUUUGGUUUUGCGAUAGUUGGAAUUUUGUUGGAGUAAGAAGUAUGCCAUUCAAUUUAUACCAUAAAUUGUUUAAUUGAUGAAGACAAUAACUGUGGAAAUCGAUUGGCUGCAAUGAUUGGAAUUUUUUUUUUCAAGGUAUUGGCAGCUGAUUAAGUCCGGGAUUAAGGCAUAAUAGGGCUUUUUGACAUCUGUUUUUUGUCUGGGUUGUGUUUCGGGUAUAAUAAUUAGUUUUGUUAACAGAAGAAACAUGACUUUUCCUUUGGAUAAUCAUACAAUGGAAGAGAAGGAAGAGGGAGUAAAUACUAUUGCGAAGGUGAAUUUGAAGGGUAGAAUGAAUGAUGGUCGCCGAAGAUACGGAUCAAGUGAUUCUUUUUUCCCUGGUCUGGUUGAUGAUGUAGCUCUGCAUUGCCUUGCUUGGACUCCUAGAUCAGCUUAUGCUUCACUGUCAUGUACUAAUACAAGGUUUAAUAAGUUAAUUAGAAGUGAGUAUUUGUAUGGGUUGAGGAAGCAGGUGGGAAUUGAGGAGCAUUGGGUGUAUCUGGUUUGUGAUUUGAGAGGGUGGGAAGCGUAUGAUCCGAUGAGAAAUAAGUGGAUGACAUUGCCUAAGGUGCCUUGUGAUGAGUGUUUCAACCAUGCAGACAAGGAGUCUUUGGCUGUGGGAACUCAGUUACUGGUUUUUGGUCGUGAAUUACUGGAUUUUGCUAUUUGGAAGUAUAGUGUGAUACAUCAUAGUUGGGUUAAAUGUGAGGGAAUGAGCAAGCCUCGCUGUUUGUUCGGGUCUGGCAGCCUUGGUUCUAUUGCUAUUGUUGCGGGCGGGAGUGAUAUAAAUGGAAAUGUUUUGAAGUCAGCAGAGUUAUAUGAUUCUAUAUCUGGUAGGUGGAAAGUCUUACCUGAUUUGCACACACCGCGUAGAUUGUGCUCUGGUUUCUUCAUGGACAACAAGUUCUAUGUCAUUGGUGGGAUGUCAAGUCCCUUUGAUUCACUGACUUGUGGCGAGGAGUAUGAUCUGGAGACAGGGAAAUGGAGGAAAAUUGAGGGUAUGUAUCCAUAUGUCAAUAGGGCGGCGCAGGCUCCUCCUCUUAUCGCAGUAGUGGAUAACCAACUAUAUGCGGUCGAGUAUGAAACCAAUAUGGUUAAGAAGUAUGAUAAGGAGAAGAACACUUGGGAUGUUAUAGGAAGACUUCCAGUUAGGGCUGACUUUUCAAAUGGCUGGGGCCUGGCUUUCAAGGCUUGUGGAAAGAAACUUCUUGUUGUGGGUGGCCAAAGAGGUCCAGAAGGCGAAAGUAUUGUCCUGAACUCUUGGUGUCCAAAGUCAGGGGUUAAGAAUGGUACCUUGGAUUGGAAGGUGAUUGGUCAAAAAGACAAUGUGGGUGUGUUUGUGUACAACUGUGCAGUUAUGGGUUGUUGAAGGUUCUUUUUAGAUUAACAAGAAAGAAGGUUCUGGUUUCUGCAAUCUGACCUGGCCCCUUCAGGGUACUUCCUGUGCAUCUAUCUGAUUGACUAGAAUUAAUUGUUUGCUGGCUCAGAAGUUGGUUCGCUAUUCUUAACUGCCCCGCAUCUUGGGUGUUCCACACUUCCAUGGACCAUGAUCCUGAUUUGCUCUCGAAGAAUCAAAAUAGGGUCACAUGGAUAGUAUGCUGCUCCCUAUCUUAUCUUUGAAGUUGUGUUUAUCAUCUAUAGCUCAUUUUUUUUCUUAAUAAAUUGGGAACUUUAUUGUUUAUUGAUUUGUUUUUUAAAUUUGUGCUUGAUCCAGUGUUAUAUAUGUCACAGAUUUAUUUCCAGUUAUCUGGACCAAGAUAAAGAAAUGUUAUCUUGAUCCACCCUUUCACCGUACUGAAUACUUCCUUUAUA